AUGACAAAACAGGACCAGCCAGACAAGGCCGCGGCUGUGCAAGGCGAUGAGAGAGAGAGAGAGAGAGAGACAAGAGCGUUGCGGUGUGCGUCGUUAUACAGCAGUUCAUCCGCGCAGCAAAAGAUGGUGUUGAGCUAUAACCCCGGUCUCAACUAUGACAGGUGCCAGAUCGGUUUGGUCAUUGCGGAUGGCCGUAUCGACAGUGAUGCUGAGGCCAUAGUGGCAUGGAAUCGCAUGGCAUGGCAAACCAUGUUAUGGCUCUUUCGUAGCAGUGGGUUGGUCGGAAGACAACUUGAUGAAGACCGAACCCAGGAUAACCUCACUUUGCAGCUCCGUAUUGGGCCAGCUCAUUGA